CAUCCCAGGCUGUGGACUGCCACAAUGGGGAAGACUGGGAAGAGUACGGUGGACUUGAACUCCCCGUCCGACGUCAAACAAGCCGUCCCCACUGACAGCAUGGAUCCUUCAGCUCCCCCUGCAGACGAGAAGGAUAAGAAGGAGGACAUUCCUGAAAGAGGAGGCUGGAAAGGGAAGUUUGACUUCCUACUGUCUUGUGUGGGAUACGCUAUUGGAUUAGGAAAUGUCUGGAGGUUUCCUUAUUUAUGUGGGAAAAACGGCGGAGGAGCAUUCCUCAUCCCGUACUUCAUGACGCUGGUGUUCGCCGGGAUCCCCCUGUUCUUUCUGGAGACAGCUCUGGGACAGUUCACCUCAGUGGGGGGCCUGGGGGUGUGGAGACUCAUUCCCAUGAUGAAAGGUGUUGGUCUGGCUGCAGUGGUCCUGUCCUUCUGGCUCAACAUCUACUACAUCAUCAUCAUUUCCUGGGCUCUUUACUAUUUAUUUAACUCCUUCAGUUCGGAACUGCCCUGGCAGAGCUGUAAUAACCCUUGGAAUACAGAGAGCUGUUUUUCCAACUACUCCCUAACAGACACCACCAACCUUACCAGUGCUGUGACCGAGUUCUGGGAGCGGAACAUGCACCAGAUGUCCAGUGGUCUGGAGGAACCAGGAGAGCUCCGCUGGCCUCUAGUGGGGACUCUGGCCUUAGCGUGGGUCCUUGUCUACUUUUCAAUCUGGAAAGGAGUGGAGUGGACUGGAAAGGUGGUGUAUUUCUCAGCCACGUAUCCCUACGUCAUGCUCUUCAUUCUGUUCUUCCGAGGGGUCACUCUGCCCGGCGCCAUCGAUGGGAUCCGCUUCUACAUCACUCCAGACUUCAAUAAACUCGCCCGAUCUGAGGUGUGGCUGGACGCAGCCACUCAGAUCUUCUUUUCAUACGGACUGGGUUUGGGCUCACUCAUCGCUCUGGGAAGCUACAACCCUUACAACAAUGACGUCUACAAGUACAGACAGGAAAAUCAAAACGAAAGAUUUACUUUGUGUUUUUUUUACUUGUAUUUUUUUCUUGUUUCCAGAGACUCCAUUAUAGUGUGCUGCAUCAACUCCUGCACCAGCAUGUUUGCAGGAUUUGUCAUCUUCUCAAUUGUGGGCUUCAUGUCUUACAUAACAAAGAAACCUGUGCAGGAACUGGCUGCAUCUGGCCCGGGUUUAGCAUUUUUAGCUUAUCCUCAGGCCGUCACGCAGCUUCCCCUUUCCUCGCUUUGGGCCGUCCUCUUUUUCUCCAUGCUCCUGAUGCUCGGCCUGGACAGCCAGUUCUGUACCGUUGAGGGUUUCAUCACAGCUCUCAUGGAUGAAUACCCUCUGGUGUUGAGGAAGAGGAAGAAGGUCUUCAUCCUCAUUGUUUGCUUCAUCUCCUUCAUCAUCGGCUUCUCCAACAUCACUCAGGGUGGUCUGUACGUGUUCAAGAUGUUUGAUUACUACUCUGCUAGCGGAAUGUGUUUGCUGUUCCUCGUCUUCUUUGAAACCGUCUCCAUAUCUUGGUUUUAUGGAGCGGAAAGAUUCUACAAGAACAUCGAGGACAUGAUCGGCUAUAGGCCAUGUGUCUGGUGGAAGCUGUGUUGGCUGGUCUUCACGCCUCUCAUAUGUCUGGGUGUGUUCACCUUCAGUGCCAUCGAGAUGACCCCUCUGACUCUUGGGAAAUAUGUGUUUCCCAUGUGGGGCCAAGUCAUUGGCUGGUUCAUGGCUAUGUCGUCUAUGAUAUUGAUCCCUGGCUACGUCAUCUAUAUGUUUUGCACAACCAAGGGCAGCUUUAAACAGCGUUGGCGGAGGAUGACAACUGCCCAGGAGGAUGGGAAGCCGCUGGAGCGUGAAGAACUCACACGUGUAGGGAGCGUGGGCGAAGCUCCUGUCUAGCCAGGGUCGCUAACGUUGAACUGAUCUGACUGUCGCACUAACAUUUAACAAACGGGAGUCUCGUCUCCAGAAAAAAAAGCACUUUACCUUUUUUUUUUUACACUGUGCUAGAAAAUGGUUGAUUAAUGCAUAAAAUUUUCCUUUAGCUGAAAAUUUGAAUCUUUUGCUACGGUUAAAAUUUGGUUUAAAACACUGCUGUGAAGGGAAAUAUUCACCAAAUGCUUUUGUAUAGAUAAAUACACUCACUUUAAAACACAAUAUGUUCAAGAGAAAAAUUGUAUCCGUCCGUGCCUAUUAGGACCUCCAUGUAUAAAUAAAACACGUAAAAAUAUAUUUUAUUUGUGUUAAUUUAAAGGUUAUUGCUCAGACAGAUUGAAAUUUAUAUGUAUGUAAUAUUAUUGUUAUAAAUACUUUGAAUAAAGAUAUUUUAAAAUGUAUGAUUUAAAGCUCAGAAAGUGGUACAGAUGUAUUACAAUUUAAGAAAUAUAACUGUUGUCACCACCAUCAGAAAAGUCCAGAAUUUUGAACCAAAUAGGAUUAAGUUACACAUAAAGUCAAGUUCACCUAUAAGAAAAAUAAUUAAGUUUCCUUUAAUCAACAAUGACGUCUAAACUCAGAGGGAAUGUGUCAAAACUUUUCAGCUUUUUGUAAAAUGAGCUGCAGACAGGAUGAAAAGAUCAUUUCGGGACUGAUUUUUUUUUUCUUGGUUCUGUAUCUGCUUUAAUUUGUCACUUUUUAGUUUCCUUUGAUCAUAAAGAUCAUUGUAUUGUACAUACAAGUAUUGCAGAUGUGCUUUGGUUGUACCCCCAAAAACAGAAUAUGUACAAAAUAAAUAAAUAAAUAAAUUAAAGACUCAGAAACUAUAUUCUUGAUUGUG